UAUUCUCCCAUUUCCUGAAUCGACCUCACUGGAAAAGAAAAGUUCCGGGGAACAGCUAUGGCCACCUUGAAAGAGAUCUUAACAAGACGACCCGUCGCCGCCACCAUCAGGCUCACCGUACCUGCUGGCGGAGCUCGCCCUGCGCCACCGGUGGGUCCGGCGUUGGGUCAGUACCGGCUGAAUCUGAUGGCUUUCUGCAAGGAUUUCAAUGCCCGGACUCAAAAGUACAAGCCUGACACACCCAUGGCCGUCACCAUUACGGCUUUCAAGGACAAUACCUUUGAGUUCACCGUAAAGUCGCCGUCGGUCACAUGGUACCUGAAGAAAGCCGCCGGGAUCGAGUCUGGGAGCGGCCGCCCUGGCCAUGUGGUCGCCUCUACGCUCACUGUCAAGCACAUUUACGAUAUCGCCAAAGUCAAGCAGUCCGAUCCUUUUUGCCAGUACAUGCCACUAGAGUCCAUUUGUAAGUCCAUUAUCGGCACUGCCAAUAGCAUGGGAAUUAAGGUUGUUAAGGAAUUGGAUUAAUGCAAUACCUAAAGUUCUAGGGUUUUUCUCCCCUUGUUCUUCGGUGUCUCGAUUCAAAUUGAACGUUUUUUCAGCGACCUCAUUAUUCUUAGUGUGAAAUAGUGUUACUCUGUCAGCUAAGUCGGCAGUCUAAUCUGCUGACAUAUUGAGUUUCUUAUGAUAGAAUUUGAAUCAAUUCCAACGAUUUACUACUGAAUUUCCAGGAAAGGGGAGCUGAGAUAAUAGCUAAGUGUAACCAUCUUUCUUGAAAGCAAAGUUUAUCCUGAUCCUGAGAGAUACAAUUUUGCUAUGGGAUUGUAGCCUUUGUAAUCAGUGAACUGGUUUCAUUUUGAUUAAUAAAUGUGCUGCCUUUGCUUGCAUUUGCCAGUUA